CAUCGCCCCAGUGCCUCUCGACAUCGUCGUUCCAAAACGCAACGCGACGCUGCCACCGGCGGCGACCCUAAGAUGGACAACAUUCGAAAGUUUGGCUCAAUGGACAAUGUCCGGCGAUCGCUAAACGUUCCUCGAUGGAACUGGGCCGUGGUGCUCGGGAUGGGUAUGGUGCUUUGGCUGCAUGGGGUGACUGUGGGCAUGGUGUUCGAAGGCCAGAAGGGUCUUCUGAAUCGGUUCCUGUGGACGUUUGUCAUCGGUGUGAUCCCCCUUGUGCUAUUCACGCAGACAACGUCGCACAACAUCCGACGCACGGCUGCCAGCCUCGUGUACUUUGAACUCGCGACAUUCUGCAUGUGCUACAGCAACUCCCUCGCGUGGUUCCGCAACCCCAAGAACCUGUUGCCGCUGCCGGAUCUUGGCCACGACAUCCUUCCUCUCUGGAAAGACGUGACGGUCUACGACAAGGUGUACCACCACGAAGCUCACAAAGUGCCGGACGUAGUCAUGGGCGCCCUCAUCGCGUCCACAACUGUCUUCGCCGUGAUCCAUCCGUUGCGGUGGAAGAUCAUUCAGCGCUUCUUCAUCAUCUACGGCUCGCUGUGCAUCAUGCGCUCUGUCACUGUCAUUUGCACCAGUUUGCCCGACAGCGCCGAGAAGUGCCGGCAAAUGACUCCGCUUGGCAACCUUGAGAGCGGGGCUCAUGGCUGGGAAGACAUUACGAUGCGCGCGGUGCUGGUGCGCAGCCUCAAGCUCCUUGUGCCCAUCGGAGAAAUCACAUGCGGGGACAUGGUCUUCAGCGGCCACAGUAUGCUCAUGGUGUUGUGUGCGAUGACGUGGCACACGUACUACAAGUGGGUACCUGGCUCGAUCAAUUACAUCAAAGUGUCGGUGUGGCUCGUCACGAUCUUUGGACUGGUGUCCAUUGUGUGGGUGCGCAUGCAUUACACGCUGGACGUGGUGCUCGCGUUGUACUUUACCGUGACUGUGUGGAGUUCAUACCACCGCAUUGCCAACGACGUGAAAAUUGGCCACCGGUUCUCGAUGGUCUGGAUAUUCGAUGCGCUGCUCAUUUACCCGUGCAUCGAAUGGAUCGAACGACCCGACGAUGACGAGCCGCGCGCGAUCCACACGGCCCACGUCGCGUACUCGUCCCACGACCGCCGGCGGAGCAGCAGCAACGUCCAAGGGCCACUCGACAGCGCCGACCAUGAGGGGGAUGAAGACGAUGUGACAGUGCACGAACGGCAGAGCCGAUCGCUGCGACCCCGUCGCAGCAACAGCAGCGGCGCUGACAAGGCAACUCCGCGCCGGCGUUUGCCCCGGGCGGUGGCAGCUACCCGACGCAUGCCGUCGACCUCGACGCAAUAAUAGACUGGUGAUCAAAGAGGAGUUGUUGUAUUAGUAGUAGUAAGAACAACCCUCGUCACAACAUGAAUCAACUGCACACGUUGACUGGUUUCCACGAGUGGGAGUUGGACUACGAGGCGGUCGAAGUCGACGGUGAGCCACUGGCUACGAGGAGGGCGGUAGGCACACGUGCGUGCCGGCCUUGCACUUGCUUGAGGUACUCGACCUCUUGGCGCUGGAGGAUCGGACGGAUCGACGGCGGCAACGACUGGCCAAAGUCCACCGAG